AUGGUCGGUGAUACUCAAACGGUCACCGGUUAUCUCGAAAGGGCACAAGUUGCCAAAACGAUGGCGGAAGACGGACGAUGGGCAGAUGCCGCAGAUGUACUCAAGCAGCUAAUGGCAGAUGUGAAAACUUGUAAAAUUCCCGCGAGUAACAGAGAAGAUACUGAAUCAAGGACUGCCUUCCUGAAAGCCCUCGAAGUAAACUUGAAGCUAGUCCAACAGAAUGCACGCGACGAAGAAGAUCUUCAUGAUGCAAUGACACGACAGAGUGGUAGUCCAGAGCCACCAGCAGAUCCGGAUGUAUGGUCGAAACCUUCUCCGCCUUUACCCACUUCUUCAAAGUUUGCAACGAAAAAAGCUGGCACAGUGCCAAGAAAACCAAGAGACGUGUCGAAAUCCACGUCAUCGAUGAGCAGUAGUCACGCACAGAAUUCAGUUGACUCGAAGCCAGCGUGCCCAUCUCAAGGAAUACUGCCGCCGAAUAGUGCCGGAGAGUCGUUCGAUGCGUCAGCAUAUGAUUCAUACAUUGUACAAGCGGUACGUGGAACAAUGGCGACACAAACUGAGAAUACGAUGGUUCUGGAUGAUAUAAUUGGAAUGCAUGACGUGAAACAAGUCCUCCACGAAGCAGUGACACUUCCCCUACUAGUUCCCGAGUUCUUCCGUGGCCUUCGGUCUCCGUGGAAAGCAAUGGUCCUGGCUGGACCGCCAGGAACUGGAAAAACUCUUAUUGCUCGAGCCAUCGCUUCAGAAUCCAGCUCAACAUUCUUCACGGUCUCUUCCACUGAUUUGUCAAGUAAAUGGCGAGGCGAUUCGGAGAAAAUCGUGCGUCUGUUGUUCGAAUUAGCCCGCUUUUAUGCUCCAUCCAUCAUUUUUAUUGAUGAAAUCGAUACACUUGGUGGACAACGUGGAAAUUCUGGAGAGCACGAGGCGAGUCGACGCGUCAAAUCUGAAUUCCUCGUUCAAAUGGACGGAGCACAACACAAGUUUGAUGAGCGUCGGGUGUUCGUACUAGCUGCGACGAAUAUUCCAUGGGAACUCGAUGAGGCGCUUCGUCGGAGAUUCGAGAAAAGAAUUUUCAUUCCGUUGCCAGAUUUAGAUGCAAGGAAGAAACUCAUUGAGACUUCGAUGGAGGGAACACCAAAAUCGAAUGAAAUUAAUUAUGAUGAGUUGGCUGCACGAACGGAAGGAUUCUCUGGUGCCGAUGUGGUUUCGUUGUGCAGAACUGCUGCUAUCAAUGUGCUCAGGCGAUACGACACGAAAUCGCUGCGAGGCGGAGAACUCACUGCCGCAAUGGAAUCGCUGAAAACGGAGCCAGUUCGCAACUGUGACUUUGAAGCUGCCCUUCAAGCCGUCUCCUCAAGUGUCGAUCCGGAUACAAUGCUCAAAUGCAAAGAGUGGUGUGACUCGUUUGGUGCCAUGUAA